AUGCCUAUCCUUCCUGAUCCUUCCAAUUUCCCAUCUGCCUCGAAGAAAGGAGAUGAGCCAACGAAAAAUCGCGACGAAGGCGAACAGCGACAGAAAGCAUCGGCUGCUGAUCAUACCUCCAAGGGACCUCAAAUCCCAGAUGAGAUGCCACCCAAGGCUUCGAAGGAAGAGAUUGAAGCUAGGAAGAAAGAGCUGAACAAAGCCAAAGAUCUGGAUCUCGAGAAAUGA